UGUCCGACGUAUGCGUUGGGACCAGCGUGGGGACCAUUACGGAACCGGAGUGUUUGGGGCCCUGCGAGCCCGGUACCUCCGUCACCCUCGAGGGCAUCGUUUGGCACGAGACCGAAGGAGGUGUACUAGUGGUAAAUGUUACGUGGAGGGGUAAGACGUACGUCGGGACAUUGUUGGACUGCACACGUCAUGACUGGGCGCCACCACGUUUCUGUGACUCGCCAACUAGCGAUCUGGAUGCCCGCACGCCUAAGGGCCGCGGUAAGCGCGGCCGCGCCGCGGCCAACUCCACUCCCGGCAACGACCUGAGCAAUUUCACGGAGACGAGGAGUUCCGUGCACAGUAAACUGCGCAACGGCGGCAAGGGUCGUCGGGGCGCACAGGGUUCGCCUGCGGCUAGUCCGAGCCCAGCGGCAUUCGUGCCGCCACGACCGGAUCCGGCAGCGAAGCGGAAGUCGCGCGGACCCGAGGAGGAACAGGACAAGAACAAGCGACGGGCGCCGCCACCGACGCCACCCAGCGGUUCACCACCUGCUAGUCCAGUAUUGCUCGAAUGUCCCGAGCCGAACUGCAGUAAAAAGUACAAACACAUUAACGGACUCAAGUACCACCAGAGCCACGCGCAUGGCUCCGCCGACGACGAUGACACCAAGGAAGGUAUCACCAGUAUGUCGGAAAAUGAUGAGAGCAAUAUCGAAGCUCCAAGCCCUGCCACGCCAGUGAAGUCGCCGGUGGACAAGCCCGAAGGCACGCCGGUGAGAGCGGCGAGUCCACCGGCAGCGGGACUGCCACCGGAAACGCCGCCACCGCCUCCACGAGUCCCAUCGCCCAGCAUAGAACCGCCUACGCCUGUGCUCGCGGACAAGAGCAUUGUCAAGCCGGGCGUACUCAGGUUCGGCCAGGACGAUCUUCCGGCGCCCACUUCUACGGCGCCAUCGAGGCAGCAGCAGCAGCAGCAGCAAUCGGUGCAGCAGCAACAGCAACAGCAGCAGCAGCAACAACAGAACCAGUCGUCUUUAAUCUCGUCAAAUCCCCCCCAAAGCCCCAGUCCCCAUCCCAGUCAGUCCCCCAGGCCCGUGCCUUCGCCACAUCCAAGUACGAAUAUCCCCCAGCCCCUCAACAUCCCGCAGCCACCGCAACCGUCUCAGAUGCAACAAUCGCAUCAACCGCAGAAUCCUCUUCUGCAACAACCGCAGCCAUCGUUGCAGCAAGUCGGCCAACCGCCUCAACAGCAGCUACAACCUGGCGUCAGCAGUCAGCAGCAACAGCAGCAGCAGCAGCAGCAACAGCAGCAGCAACAACAACAACUGCAGUCAUCGGUUCAACAACAGCUGCCGCCAGCGCAUCAAUUGCAAUCAGUGCAGCAUCCCUUGUCGGCUCAGUUGGGUCAGCCCGCGCAGGCCCAUGUGGUGCAGGCGUCUGGAUUACAGCAACAGGCCAGUCUACAAAGUAUAGCCAGUCAGCAUGCGGGUUUGCAGAAUCUUGCAAACCAAGUGUCGCAACAGACAGCGAGUUUACAGACGGCACCGCCACCGUCAGGUCAUCCAGGUCAAGGCGUGCAAUCGCACUUGCAACAGUACCCAACUGCGGUGUCGCUGCACGCUGCUGCGGCGAAGAUGCCACAGUUCAAGGUGAAACCUACGGCUGCGCUGAUGCCGGAGCAGGACAAAAGCAAAACGAGCGCGGAUGCACGCGCUCCCAAACCGCAGAGUUACAAGAAAAAAUCGCGAAAAUCACCCGGUGGCAGUCCGCACCCAUCGCCUCUCGAGGCGCCGAUCGUCGAUUCGGCGCGCGAUGACGUACAAAGCCCGGCCUACUCGGACAUAUCGGAUGACGCAGCGCCAGUGCUCGAGGCCGAACCGGUGGACAAGUCCAAACAGAGUCAAGAAAAAGACAACAAGGCCACGGUGCCAGCACAUCUGCCUGCGCAUUUCAGUAUGUAUCAGUACUAUGGUCAACCGCCUUACCUGGUGUCCAACGUUCCGGACAGCAAACCGGUGGUGGAUCAGAAGCCGAGCGAUCUUACGCCCAAGCAAGAGAUAAAACCGCUCAACAUACCGCAGAUGCCUUCGAUGGCGAGCUUGCAGAGCGUCGUGUCGGAAAAGGAGAAGAAAGAACUGAGCCAACCUGUACCGCAGCCGCAACAGCAGCCGCACUAUUAUGGCGGUUACGGUGGUUAUAUGCCGCCAGGCUACGCCUACCAGCCACCGCAGCCGGUUUCGCAACAGCAGCAACAGAGUCAGCAGUCGCAGGAUCAGGAGUCGCAUGAACAGAAGACUAAGAUUAAGCAGGAGCCACAGCCACAGCCGAGUCUGAAAGACAAACAGCACGAAAAUCAUCAAAUACUCAAGGAGAGUAUCGAGAUGAAGAGUCAGAUGAGUCCGUACCACGUUUAUCACAGUUCGCAGAGUCAACGAGCGGCACCGCCGCCGCCUCCUCCGGGACCUGUUCAAGAUGACAGGAGGUACUAUCUGUAUCCGAGUGAACAAAGGAGAAAAGAGGAAUCAAACAAACAGAAUCAGCAAGCAAAGGCGCCACCGCCCAGUCCAAAGCAUCAGCCGAAGCAGGAAAAACCACAGGAUCUCGGAAAGAGCGAAGACUCAAAGAGCAAGCAGGAGGGCGUAAAGCCGACGAUGGAAACUCAGGGACCGCCGCCGCCGCCUACCUCGCAGUACGCUUAUAUUCAUCCCAGUUAUAUGCAGCCACAGCAUUAUGGUGCGCUGCCAUUCGAUCCAGGUCACCCAGUCUACCGCGGCCUCAGUCCCAUGCUGGUGCCCGGUCCAUAUUCGAGUAACCCCUAUCUUCACCAGCUGCCUAGGUAUCACGCGCCGGAGGACCUUAGUCGGCCACCCGGCGGCAAAGCACUGGACUUGCUCCAACACCACGCUAAUCAGUAUUACUCGGCGCACAAGAUACACGAGCUUCAGGAGCGCGCGCUUAAAUCACCGACGCCCAAGACUUCCGCAGCGUCCGCCAGCCCAUCCUCUGCAGGUCCGACCCCCGCCCGGCCCCCCAGCGGUCCGCCUACGUCAGUUGCAGGCCCGGGCCCACCGCCGGGCCAAGGUCAGCAGCCAUCCGGUAAGCAGCAGGGUCAACCAGGUAGUCAGCAGCAGCAACAAGGUGCGGUGGAUGCCAGCGGUGGGAGCCUCGGCAAGGAUAACAGAUCGCCGCCUCCACAGAGACACGUGCACACGCAUCAUCACACUCACGUGGGCCUCGGGUAUCCCUUGUUGACGGGACAGUACCCCGCCCCCUACGGAGUGUCUAGAUCUAAACAGACCUUGUGGGACCGGUAGCUCGGAAUGGAACGGAGAAUUGCAGAUCCGGGAAGUAUUAACUAAACAACAUUCGGGACCCGAAGUUAGGAUAGGCUGAGGGAGGUCCGCGCGGUUCAUCCAUCGGAACGAGGCAUGGAAGAUACGCGACGACAGUUCGCGAGGAAGCAGGCGUCUCGUUAGACUGAAGCACGCGAGGACGAACGGCACUGUCGGCGUUCUUGCGUUCACGGGGCCGCGCUGGCAAAAAUUGUGGCGAGCGUGGAUUAAUGCGUGCCGGGUGCGAGCGCGGCUCCGCCCCCGACUCUCAGAUUCGAGCGUGUGUGUUCGAGGCGAGGUGGAAUUUUUAUCGAGCGUAGAGAAGCUUAAGAGCGUCCGAGCGAGCGCGUGUAGACGUGUGCGUGUGCAUAUAUGUAAGAGAGAAAGAGAGACAAAAAAAAUAUAUAUAUAUAAACGAUUAUAUAUAGGGUAUACGAGAGAUGUAAGAAAGUAGCGAAUCACGUGCGUCGACUGCCUUGUACAAGCAUAAUGCAUGCCUGUGGAUGUGCGUGCGUAUAGAUUCCGUAUCGAUGUAUUUUAUUGUAAAGAAAUAAGACAAAGAAUUUAGGCGUGCGCAAACUUCGAUUUUUGUAGAGAAAUUGUAUAACUUUGCUGAUAACUUAUCUCUUAGGGAAAUGAAGAAUUCAUAAUUGUGUGUUGACCGAUCGCUAAAUGCCGAUAAACGCGACCAGAGGAAACUCGUCCUUAGGCAUGAACGAUUUAUAAAGUCACGAGGACGACAAAAGAAGAAAAAUGGAAAAACGAGGCGACACGUAAUGCGUUGAUUCUAAAUAAUUAAGUGGCGUUAAGUGAUUGUAAAUUCGAUGCUAGAACACUAUUUGUUUACUAUGGUAAUGGUAGCCAGUGAUGCGCGAGAGCUAGGGGGAGAAAAAAAAGGGGACAAGGGGUUGAGGAGAAGUGCAGUGGCGAGGUCUGUAGAGUGAGGUAAACUAGGAGGAGCGAAACGUAUAAUUACGUAUGCAUACGCAACUAUAUAUAUAUGUAUCUAUAAACUACAUAAUGUUUGUUCAGUAACUACUAUCGUCAUCCAUUUUAUAUAUAUUAUAUGCGAUUAUUGAUUAUUAAUUAUAUUAUUUUAUUACUAUCGUCAGUGUGACGUAAGGUAGGGAGAGAUAAGAGGGAAAAAAGAGAAGAGAAAGAUAACAGCGGUGCGAGAAAUUUUAUUGGCUACGUUUCGCAAAUGCCAAAUCAAAAGAUACGGCUGAUGAUGCGUUUCACAUUGCAAGG